AUGUCCAGCUUCUAUAUUUCUUUUUUUGUGUUGGCGUCGCCGGCGGGUCUGGAGGCGGCGGUGCCGCUGCGGCUGCGCUACGCCGCGGUGGCGGACGCCGAGCUGGAGGCGGGCUGCGGCUACGGCUGGUCGGCGCUGUCGGACGGCCGGUGCGCCGCCGCCGUGGCCGCCGCCGACGCCGACCAGCGCCUCAGCUGGCCGCGAGCGCAGCAGCGCUGCCGGGACCUGCGCGGACACCUGGUCAGCGUCGCCUCCGCCGCCGCGCAGCUGCGCCUCGACCGCCUGCUGCGCGCCACGCACAGCGAGGACGCUGACGUGGCCUACUGGAUAGGCGCCACCGACCGCACGCUGGAGGGGGACUUCCACUGGAGCGACGGCCAGCCCUUCCAGUAUUCCAACUGGUUCCCGCAGCAGCCCAACGACGACGCGCUGGCCGAGCAGAACUGCGUGGAGGUGCGGCGCUCGCUGGCCGGCCACCGAGACCGCUCCUUCCGCUGGAACGACCGCUCCUGCACCGUCCGCAACGCCUUUGUCUGCCAGCGCCGGCGCGACACCCCCAAGCAGCAGCCGGGCGGCGCAGACACGGAGGCGGCGUCGGCGUCGGCGUCGGCGUCGUGCCGGCGGUCGGUGCGGCUGUCGAGGGAGGCGCCGCGCGCCACCGCCUCCUCCCCCGGCUUCCCUCGCCACUACCCGGACAACGCCGACUGCUUCGUCGACGUCGCCGCCCCGGACGGCUACCGCAUCGUCGUCGACUUCGAGGAGCUCGUCCUCGAAGACGAACCCACGUGCAGCUACGACUACCUGCAGAUUCUGGAGCCAGUGGGGAACAGCAACAGCAGCGUAGCCACACGACGCCUCUGUGGAGACUGGAGCUCUCGCCUCAAGAAGCUGCGCUACGUCAGCCAGGGUCCUGCCCUGCAGCUGAGGUUCUUCUCCGACUACUCGCACCACUACAGCGGCUACAAGGCGCGCAUAUCCAUGGAACAAGGUAUGAAGUGCGCAGACGAGCGGCUGCAGGUGUUCAACAGCUCGUGCUACCUGUUCGUCAGCUACCCGCAGGUCUCGUGGCAGACGGCCAGGCAGACCUGCCAGGACAGGAAGGCGGAGCUGGCGAGCAUCGGCAGCCCUGAGGAGCAGAGCUUCGUGACUGCGAGCAUCCGCAACUCGCCGGAGUACAGCACGGCCGCCGUGUACUGGCUGGGAGGGCGCGCCGUCCCUGCCGCCAGCCCUGCCAGGGGGCGCGGCGCCUGGCUCUGGGCAUGGGCCGACGGCACGCCCAUCUCAUACUCCGGCUGGCUGCGGGACCAAGAACACACGCCGCAGUCGGGUGCUUGCCUGGGUCUGCAGUGGGUCAGCUCGCCCAACCCGCAGGUGCCCAGCGGCCUCUACUGGCAGCAGCAGCGGUGCUCCGCCGUGGGCGGCUACGUCUGCAAGAGGAGCAACCAAGUGACGGAGGGCGGCGUGCAGCUGAACCGGACGGUGAACGGCACGGAGGGCUUCCUGACGUCGCCCAACUUCCCGGGCGGGUACGGGCCCAACCUGGACUACUGGGUGCGGCUGGCGGGACCUGCGGGUUCGCGGCUCGUGCUGCGCUUCACUCGCCUCGACCUGGAGCCGCAGCAGGACUGCCUCUACGACUACAUAGAGCUGCGCUCCCUGCUGCCGCAGCCCGCCACCGGCGACGACGACGCGGACGCCGACGCCGAGCGCGCGCCAGAUUCGCGCGUCGUCCGUUGCGGCCGACACGACGACGCCGACCUGCACAGACUGAACUUCGUGUCGGAGAGCAACGAGGCGCUGCUGCACUUCCACUCGGACUACUCGGUGUCCGGCGGAGGGUUCUCGGCGUCGUGGCAGGCGGUCGACGUGUCGGGCUGCCCGCUGCAGACGCUGACCGCGCGCGAGGGCCGCCUAACCAGCCCCAACUACCCGCACUUCCUGCUGGCGCACCUCGACUGCGCUACCACCAUACUGGCGCCAGCGGGAAGACGCGUGUGGUUGGAGUUCUCGGAGUUCUCCAUCGGCGCCGGUGAGGCGCUGCUGGAGGUGGACCUGGGCGGCGGGCAGGCGGCCUUCCAGCCGUUCCAGUCUCCCACGCACCUCACCGACGGCGUCUUCCUCUCCGUCGGCGAGCGCCUCCAGGUGCGCCUGCGCACCGCCGACCGGCCCUCUGGCGCCGGCUUCAGCGCCGUCUACAGGACAGUGGGCGCGGCGCUGGAGCGUCGCGUGCUGCGGCUGGCGAGCGGCGCGGUGGGCUCUCUGCUGCACCUCAACUGGCCGCGGCCGCCGCCCCCACACGUCGACCUGGCCACGCUGCUGGUGGCGCCGCCCGCGCACACCAUCCUGCUCGAGCUGCACCACGUCGCGCUCGCUCUCGCGCCCACCCCCGCCGCCGACGCCGCGGCCCCCGCCUCCGGCACCGCCGACGCCGCCACCCCCUCGUGUCCCGACGGUGCAGGGAUACUCGAGGUGCGGGACAGCUACGCAGACAGCAACGGCACGGCGUGGCUGCUGUGCGAGGCGCAGAACGUGCCGCCGCUGGCCAUCGCCUCCUACCUCAACACGCUCACCGUCCGCCAGCGUGGCUCGGACAGGGGCGUCACCCUCAACGCCACCGUGCGCGUGCAGCCUGACGCCAACUACAAGCUGAAGCUGCUGCGAGGUUCUGAGGACGGCAGCGUGGAGUCGUGCAACCCCAGCCCCUGCCUCAAUGGAGGCCGCUGCCUCAGCAGUGGCAACCGCCACUCCUGCCAGUGUACCAGCCACUACACAGGCAUGUUCUGCGCGCUGACGCUGUGCGAGCUGGAGCCCUGCCUGCACGGGCAGUGCCGGCUGACGGAGACGGGGUACGCUUGCCACUGCCAGCCCGGCUUCACGGGCGCCACCUGCGACCGCAAGCAGCGGGCGUGCGCCGACAACCCGUGCGAGGGCCGGGGCGAGUGCCUGGAGCGCGGAGACGCCUUCCACUGCCGCUGCCACGCCUGGUGGGAAGGGCAGAGGUGCGAGAGGCGGAUGAUGCACAUCCCGUUCAAGCCGCUGUCGGAGCGGAUGCUGCAGGAGCCGUUCUGGCUGGGGCUCAUCACGGUGACGGUGGUGCUGCUGCUGAUCGGGCUGGUGUGGUGCGCCAAGCGGCACUUCCCGGAGAAGCUGGAGAAGCUGCUGGCCGAGGAGGCCGACCGCAGUCGCAGUGUGCACUCGCGGCCGCCGUCGGUGCGCGACCAUCUGGCGGGAGCUGGCGCCGCCGCCGUCGUCGUGGUGCCGAGCCCGCAGCCUGGCUGCCCUCGCUCCCUGCUAGGCCGCCUGGGUAUCCGCAAACCUUCGCUCCUAAGCCUCACCAGCCCACACGGCUACAACAGUCACCCAUCUGCUGCCACAGCAAGAACCUUUAGUUUGGACGAUUUGCUUAAACCACCACCCAGAAGAACGCCUUCGCCUCGUAAGAAGCGCAACAAUUCGACGCCGACCAAGAAGAACGCGGCGGAGAAGAAGCAGAUCCUGCAGCAGCUGAUCAACCAGCAACCGUCCCGCAAGGUGAGCAUCGGGGAGCUCAUCCAGCUGAGCGAGCGCAAAGCCCAGGAGCAGCAGCUGCAGCAGCACGCGGGCGCCAGGGAGGCCGAAACCGCCUUCGGCAGCGCGGAGGGCACCCCUGACUCCGGCGCCAUCAUGGACGCCAAGCUGGAGAAGAAGGUGACGUUCGCACGCCUGUUGAGCAAAGUGUCGGCGGAGAUGAGCUCCGGAGGCUCUGACGGCGAGGUGGUGAGCCGGCCUGCGCAGCUGUCAGGGCUGAUGUCAGCUGCGGCCUCUGGAAGCAACGGCGCCUCUGGAGCAGCAGCUGCGUCCCUGCCGCGCUCCGCCAGCAGUCCUCACAGCACCAGCAGCACACAGGGCAGCGACUCCGUGUCGAGCGCGGAGGUGUCUCGCCGGCGAGCGUCGGGGCCCGCGGCCACGGGAGCGCCGCCGUCGGCUGACGCCAUCCUGGCCAUGUUUCGCACGUUCGCGCGCGCGCCCACGCCCUCCACGGCCUCCAGCCCGCAGGACGACGACGACGACGCCUCCUCCACCACCUCGUCCGUGCCCUCCUCCAGCCUCACGGUGGAGUCGCCGCCGCCGUCGAUGCGCAACACGAUCGAGGUGCCGGUGCUGGACGCGCUGUCGCCGCACCGCGGCUCGUCCAACCUGCUGCACCCGCCCAGCAUCCUGCUGGAGCUGCCCGCCAAGUGCCUGUCGCCCAUCACGGAGAUGCCGACGCCCGUGCCCACGCCCAUCAUGUCUCGCCACGGCUCCUGCGCCGCGCUGCCCGCCAUCACCCUCACCCCCAACGAGCACGACGACACAGAGCGGGGCAACUGGUCAGUAGUCAACGACACAUGUGCUUGCUUACCCCAGCAACUAGCGCCGCCCACAGCCCAGUGGCAGAGUACGAACACGAGGCUGUCGGUGUGUCAGCAGAGCCGGCAGUCGUCUGGCGGGCGGACGUCGCCCGCCGCCGCCGCCGCCGCCGCCGCAGUCGCUCCCGCCAACCCCGCGCAGCGCCGCCAGAUGCUCAAGGAGCUGGACAAGCCCGCCUCCCUGGACCUGCCGUGCCCGCCGCCCAUCAUCACCGUCACCUGCAACCUCAGCGAGCCCGACUCGGACGACGACGACGACGACGACGACGAGGACGACGACGUGGGCGCGGGCGCGAGGCGGCGGCGGCCCGCGUCCGCGGCGAGCGCGGGGGGCGGCGGGGGCGGCGGCCCGUCCGGGCUGGCGCCGGCCGUGGCGCCCUCCAUGUGCUACCUCAGCCCCUUCUCCAUGUGCUCGCGCGCCGACCGCACCGCCUCCGAGUCCAACCUCAGUUCGUCCGGCUACAGCUCCAUGGCCAGCCCGGGGCCGUCGCGCUGCGGCUCCAACAACCCGCUCUGUCCCAGCGAGACGGACGAGCCGCCGCCCUCCGGCCCCGGAGGCCCCGCGCCGCCCUCCUCGGGGCAGACGUCGGCACGGCGCGCGGCGCCGCUGCUGCUGCUGCCGCCCGCCGGCUCGCAGGCGCCGCCCACGACGCAGCUGCGCCACCUGCACACGCAACACGACGCCGCCGCCCUCGUCCUGUCUCCGGACGCUGACGCCGGCGGCGACGGCACGCCUCCGGCAGGCGCCAGCGGCACCGCCCCCACCGCGGCUGCGGGAGCGGCGGCGGGCACCUGCACCAGCGCCGGGGGCGGCAACGGCACCGCCACGGGCGCCGGGGGCGGCGCCUCCCCCGCUGAGGCGGGCUGCCCGCGCGCGCGCUCCGACUCGGAGACGCUCUCGGACGACAUCUUCCUCGAGUCCAACGACGAGGGCAUCGGCACCGACCACAUCGACGAGAAGAUCGAGGAGGGCGAACUCAAGAGCGCCAAGGAGCUCGAGGUGUUCAUCGGGAAGGAGCUGGUGGAGUCCGGGAAGACGCUGCUGGGGCUGAGCGCGAGCCGGUCGUCGCUGCAGCUGCCCAGCAUCGUGGUGCACGGCCAGGAGCAGUCGCCGUCGCCCGUCAGCUCGCGCAGCGACAGCCCGCUCAGCGAGAAGGCCGCCAACAGCCUCGCCCUCGGCCUCGUGGGCUCCGGAAUCGCCAGGCUGACGCGCGGCGAUUCGGACGGCCUCUACGAGUGCGCCACGGCCGGCGCGCACGCCUCAGAGCUGCGCCCCAGGAGAUCCGGUGGUCGCCGCCACCGGCACCGCAGCGGCGCCCAGCCGGGCUGCUCGACGUCGCCCGCGCAGCCGCUGGCGCAGCCGCUGCCGUCGCUGCCGCCGCGCGCCAAGAGCCCGCUGCCGGAGCUGCUGGACGUGCCGCUGAGGGAGCGACGCAAGCAGAGCCCCAAGCGCGCGCGCACACGCGUCUCACAGCUGCCCGCCUCCACCUCCUCCUCCUCGGAGAGCCUCGACUCCGCCAGGGAGAUGACGCUGCGGCUGUCGUCAUCGGAAAAGGCGUUGUGCCCGGAGAGGCAUUGCUGGUCUGGCGGCUCCUUUGAUGAGGGCCGGCGAUUGUCCAUAGAAGCUUCCGGCGAAGACACGGGAGAGGAUGUAAUGAGCCAGAUGUUGCCUAAGACCUUGCUCAGAGGGGAAGACUUGCCUAAGUCCAGUAAGAAGAUCAGUCGACUGCGUACUAUCGGUCAUCAGAUUAGAUUCCUGCGACGUCUAGAGCAGAGCUUGAAACGACGUGAGUGUCUGGUGAGCCCGUCGGACAGUCUGGAUGAAGAGGAGCCUCCACUGUUGCACAAAAGUAGCAGCUAUGGACAGUUGCAGGCGAGCGGUCAUGGGCACCACCGCAACCGCCGGCUGCGCCGCCAAGGCGGUUUGCUGGUGCCUCAACUACGAGUCACCAGUGCCAGUGGUGGGCACAGCAACUGAUGUGGUGGGGGCAGACUUAAAACUGCUUAUGCACAUCACCUAACAGCAUAUAAGUGAUGUGGCAACAUACAAUUGCACAAAUGGUGCCACUGAUUUUGGACAGCAGCACCAACCAUUUAUAAAGCAUCUGAAACGACAGAGCAGAGGCAGGAUCUCGUGCUAUGUUGGGGGUUUCCAGUGCCUCUGAAAGACAUAGUAAUGAUACAGGAUGUGUCUCCUGCAUUUAAGCAGAACAUCUCCACCAGCACAAAGCAUCACAUUGUUGUAAUGACACAUGGAUAGACAAUGGCAGACCAGUUAUAGAAUAGUGGCAUCAGUAAUGGACAAAGCUGGAGGUACAGUGACAGGUUACCAGUUCCAUAAACAGACAACUUGUGUUCAUGAUGAUGUGGUGAGACAAAGCCUGACAGCUAGUGCCAAAGCUCUGUGUCAUCAACAUCAGGGGCAGACUGUGGUGGACACAGCAACUGUGGUGGACACAAUUGUAAUGGACACAGCAACUGAUGUGACAACGUAGGGGAGAGGGUCACUGCACGUCAGCAGCGCCGACUCUCGGUGCGGCAACCACCGUGGCCUACUGGCACACCAGCUACCAGUCAUGUCUGCCAAUCUCUAUAGAGGAAGACCACCGCAUCGACACAGUGCAGAUGGUGCCUGAAGUGUUACAAUGAGUCCGUGGAACUCUUAUCUAUUAACAGGUUAUGUGCGUUGCAAAAUGGCAUCACAGCUGCUACUAUAAAACUAAUCAUCUGCAUUAUUUGCUCUUACUUUGUCAGGCAAUGAACUGUGAUGUCUUUGGUAAGAUGGUCAAACCUUUUACAUUUUUAUGUAACUUACAUCAACAAUGCUACAGCUGCAAGCGUUAAUAUGAUAGCAUUUAUUGUAUCUGCACAAAAGCAAUUGUCAUUUAACAUUGAAAAUUAUGUUUCCACGUGAAAAAGAAGACAGUAUUUUUUCUAUUCCUUGCUGCAUUUCUCUAUUAACCUUCUCAGCUUGACAGCACUCUAUAUCAAGACAUGUAAUCCAACAGGGACAUUGCAAACUUCCUGGACCAACUGUCAAAAUACAUCCGUGGAUUGUGUGGUUCAAGCUAUCAGCAUGGAAAAGAGUGAAAACAGCAUAGCAAGAAAAAUGUAUAAAAACUUUUUCAGGCACUAUGUGUCCUACAGUGGUGCUGCUCCUACCUUCAUUAUUUUCGUAACUCCAUUCUGAAGCAAUACUGUCGUCUGAGAGAAGUCACAGCAUUAUUUUUGAAGAAAAAAUUAUUUUGAUAUAAUUUGCUUGCAACUGUUCUCUGGUACCACAGUUUAUGAAGUGAACUCUAAGUUAAGCUAGUAGUGAUUACAAUCAACCUGUGCACUACACUGACAAUUACAGACUGUGUUUUCUAUGUCCUAUUUCAAAGGAGUGCUGUGGUAAGGAGUUCUGGUCUCUCAUGAAUAAAUACUGUGUUCCUGCACUAAAAUACGUGGUAUGACAUCUAUCAUACCAGUCAUUAUCCUCGUUAGAGAUAUUGCUCACUGGCAACACAUUGUGGGUAUUUGUGCCUCUCCGCAAAAAUCGAAGUACGAGUAGUGCGGACCAGGAAAGAGAGUGGACCAAGCUUGGUAUGUCUUUCCUUUGUUAUUAGUUAUACCCAAGUUGUGUUCAUAAUAAUAGUCAACUCCUUUUCAUCUGUUCAGGUAUAUGCUUGAGUCACCAGUCAAGCUUAGUACUUUUGCUUGUGAACUUAUUUCUUUUAGAAUUUCAGAGUCAGUGUACAUCCACAUAAACCAUUUGCUAGUGUUAUCAAUUCUAGUUGGUGAAACACAGGAACUCCUGAAUUACUGAAUAUCAGUUUUUUUCUACUUCUACUGUGAUGAGCAAUGAUAAAAACUAACCUUUAUUGUCAUUCUCAUUCACUUCAUUGGUAGCAACUGAAAACUUGCACUCUGUACUGUGAUCUACAUCAGCUUUCUUACACUUUUACCUAAAUUCAUAGUGAUAUAUACACAUUUUCAAACUGUGAGAAGAUUAUUUGUAUAGUUACAUUUCGCCAGAGGCUAAGCAAUCAAUUGUGGAGUAAGAGAAAAAAAGAUUUUUUGAAAUAUAUAUAUUUAAUUUUGUUACAAGAUAUUUAUGCCUUGACAAAAAAGUGAAUUAUUGUGGUAUUAACUCUGCUAUAAUAAUUGUGUUUAAAACUAAUGGUCUUGCUUGUCCUGCAGCAUAUUUCUGCAGUGAUAGUUCCUUUGCCAAUAUUGAGCUGCAUCCAGAGAGCAACCUCAUGCGUGUCUGAAACUAGAUAUUUUGUGAGUACUAUUGUUGUUCUUUGAUGUUUUGAUCUCAUUUUAAGUACUGGUGGCAUUCAAUAUUGGGCACAGGGACUACUGCUCAUUAGUGGAGAACACCAAAGCUGUGGAUUAUUUGAAGACUUGACACUGUUAUUAAUCAGGAACUUUGUCCAGUUAAAAAUUUCAUUUUUAUCAUGUGUUGUUUCAUAUUUACUAAUUAUACUGGGUGUCAAAUUCAUUUACAACAUAUUAUAUAAUAAUAUCAUGGAUUCAGUAUGAAUUUCAUGGAAAUAAUGUAUAAGGAAUAUGAUCACUAUAAUCCAUUACAUCAUUGUCUUUUUUGUUCUAUUAAUAAAUUAUGCUCUCAAGAUAUCAGUCCAGCUGAACUUCAUAAACUAGUCAUUUGAGGAUAACAAAUUUUUAUAAUAAUAAAAAUUGAUGUACAGAUCUCAUUCAUUUCAUACCAGUUAAAAAAAUAUGUGCUCCUUUGGUGCCAUGCAGCCUAAUGAUUUCUUACAUUUUUCUUGAAUAUUGUAUUACUUAAUACCAGAAACUGCUAUCUGUUUCUUUACAAAACUUAUUUUUGUUAUUUCUUGAACUGAACAGUUCCAAAAAAGCAAGAGAUUAAUUUUUGAAACAUACUCUGGCAAGUUAACAUGUGUUUGGUGAAGUCCUCUAUUACAUAUAUGAAAGAUAUGCUGAAAGCAGAUCAUCUGAGCAAAAGUAAUUUCUUUGAGAUAAAUAAAUCCAAAAAAUUAAACAAAAAUUAAAACGUGCAUAAAUAUUCAAUUUCAAAAUAAUUCUGGCCCUAGGAAAAUCACGUAUAAACAACCAGUAAAACUGAAAACAUGGUAACUAAUUAAUUUUGUUUUUACAGAUCAGGAUGCUUAUUCAUCAUAUUUAAAUUUUGCUAAAAUACAAACCUUUAAAGAUUGCCAGGAGAAAACUGUUGACUGUAGUGAGGUGCAAUUCAAUCUUGUUCUUAACUACGACUUGUAUGUAAGCUACUGCAAGUUCCAUUUUGAUAGAAAGUGUUAUUGCAUGCUGUGCUAAAGUACUUGUGAUUUUCCGUAGAUAAAUAUUCAUAAUUCAUCACUUACAUAAUAGACCACUGUACUUCCCUCUACUCUCUCAAUUCAUUUUCCAGUCUCUACAUCCCACUUCAUGAAAACAUUUAGGUCAUUGUAUUCUUUUUCCAGAAGACAUAGAAUCUUACAUUUCAUUUCAGAUUUAGACUUUUAUCUCAUUCAUAAACUGACUAACAUGUGCAGCCUUUAGAUGGAAGGAUUUCUGAUGUAAGAACCCAGCUGUCAUACUCAUGAGAGCAGUUGAGAUAGAUAUUUCUUCAAAUUGGCUCUAAUUUUCUCUUAUUAUUAUAUGGUAGGCAGAAACUGAUAUGCUAUUUUUAUGAAAAUUGUACAAAGUCACUUUAAAAUAGCUAUAAAUCUUCUAGAUAGGCUGAUAGAAAGUUUUUAUCUUGCUCUAGUGCAUUGUGAUUUGUCAGGCACACAAUUGUGAAAAUAUUCAUCAUUAAUCUAUCAUCUACUAAUUAAUACGGGUAGCAACAUUAUCAGUAAUAAUGGUUUCAAUAUUAUACAUAGUAAUCAAUUACACUUAUGUAAUUGAAGACUACGAAGAAAAUUUCGAAAACAGGAGCAGAGAAAAGGUACCUUUGUUCUUCACUGUGACGGUCUGAACAAUCAUAUAGUAGGUGCUGAUUCAAAAUGAUCUGUGAUAAAAAGCACAACAUGAGUUCACACAUUAUUAACCUUGUUGCUAAUAAGUUAUAGGCAGAGUAAAUAUUAAUCUGCCUUCAUCCUUGUUAUGGAAUAUGUUGAUGAAAUUCUACACUAAUUUCAAACAAGAAAAAUGUUCCACAAGUGCUAAGAUUUCCCAUAAAUCCUAAAUAUGUGAAGAGAAAUAUGCACCGUGCCAGGCUGUGGAACAGUAUACUUUGAAAUCUCUAUUGCAGCAAUACUUCCGUGUGGACAGAUUUUUAAGAUUUUUGUAAAUUCAGAUAUAAAUAUAUUUAUCUUAUCAGUGAAAAUAAUGUUCAGCACAUACUGCAUUCAUAAAAGUUUCAUGAACUCAUCCUCUUGUUAUGCACAUUAUUCAAAUGUAAUGACAUUUGUAAAAGCCAUAAAAUUUCUUCAGUUUCUUGUUCUUGGUGUAACAAUAAUAAAUU